GCGGGUGAGGCCCGGGCCAGGCAGGGCCGGCUUCGUCCCUGCCUUCUGGGCCAGAACAGAUGACUAGAGGCGGCCGGAGUGCCCUGACCUGCUGCCCUCCUGGCUCAAGGCAAAUAGCCCCUGGGCAGACACAGGUGUUUUCCAGCAGGGCAAGCCGCAGGUUCCAGGGGGCAGUUGAAGGAAGGGCCCCGUGGGGCUGAGCCCUACCCAGAAUGGAGCUGCGAUCCUACCAGUGGGAGGUGAUCAUGCCGGCCCUUCAGGGCAAGAAUAUCAUCAUAUGGCUGCCCACGGGCGCCGGCAAGACCCGGGCGGCUGCUUAUGUGGCCAAGAGACAUCUAGAGACUGUGACCCAAGCCAAGGUGGUUGUACUGGUCAACAGGGUGCACCUGGUGACCCAGCAUCGGGAGGAGUUUAAUGGCAUGCUGGCUGGACGCUGGACAAUCACAACCUUGAGCGGGGAUAUGGGGCCACGGGCCGGCUUCGGCCACCUGGCCCGGAGCAGUGACCUGCUCAUCUGCACAGCCGAGCUGCUGCAGACGGCGCUGACCAGCUCUGAGGAAGAGGAGCACGUUGAGCUCACAGACUUCUCCCUGCUCGUGGUGGAUGAGUGUCACCACACACACAAAGACACUGUUUACAACAACAUCCUGAGCCAGUACCUGAAACUUAAACUCCAGAGGGUGGGGAACCUGCCCCAGGUGCUGGGGCUCACCGCCUCCCCCGGCACUGGUGGGGCUUCCACCUUCAACGGAGCUGUCAACCACAUCCUGCAGCUCUGUGCCAAUCUAGACACGUGGUGCAUCAUGUCGCCCCAGCAACAGCAGCCGCAGCUGCAGGAGCAGAGGCAACACCCCUACAAAGAGUAUGACCUCUGUCAGCGGCGCAGCCAGGACCCGUUUGGGAACUUGCUAAAGAAUAUCAUGGACCAAGUCCACGACCACAUGGAGAUGCCCGAACUGAGCCGAGACUUCGGGACCCAGAAGUACGAGCAGCAGGUGGUGGAGCUGAGCCAGACUGCGGCCGAGAAGGGCUUCCAGCAGCAGCGAGUGUACGCGCUCCACCUGCGGCGCUACAACGACUCGCUGCUCAUCCACGACACGGUCCGCGCCGAGGAUGCCCUGGCCACGCUGCAGGACUUCUACAACCGGGAGUGCUCCACGAAGGUCCAGGUGCUGGAAGCUGAGCGCUGGCUGCUGGCACACUUCAAAGCUCACAGAAAUGAGCUGGUUCACUUGGCAAGACAGGGCCCAGAGAACCCCAAACUGAAGGUGCUGGAGCGGAUCCUGCUGAAGCAGUUUGUGAACCCCCUCAACUCUCGGGGCAUCAUCUUCACCCGCACCCGGCAGAGCGCCCACUCCCUCCUGCUCUGGCUCCAGCAGCAGCCGGGCCUGCAGACCCUGGACAUCAGGGCUCAGAUGCUCAUUGGGGCAGGGACCAGCAGCCAGCGCCCCCACAUGACCCAGAGGGACCAGGAAGAGGUGAUCCGGAAGUUUCGCGUCGGCACCCUGAACCUCCUGGUGGCCACAAGCGUGGCAGAGGAGGGGCUGGACAUCCCACAAUGCAAUGCGGUGGUCCGCUACGGGCUCCUGACCAAUGAGAUCUCCAUGGUUCAGUCAAGAGGCCGUGCCCGGGCUGACCGGAGUGUGUACUCGUUUGUGGCAGCCGAAGGCAGCCGGGAGCUGCGCAGGGAGCUGGUCAACGAGAAACAGGAGGCCCUGAUGAAGCAGGCUGUGGCCGCAGUGCAGAAGAUGGACCAGGCUGAGUACCAGGCCAAGAUUCAGGACCUGCAGCAGUCAGCCCUGUUCAAGCGGGCGGCCAGGGCAGAGCUGCAGGCACGCCAGCGGCAGCAGUUCCUGGCUGAGCAAGUGCGACUUUACUGCAUCAAUUGCUUGGUGGCUGUGGGCCAUGGGAGUGACCUGCGGAAGGUGGAGGGCUCCCACCAUGUCAAUGUGAACCCCAAUUUCUCGAUCUACUUCAACGCUUCCUCAGAACCUGUGGAGAUCCACAGAGCCUUCAAGGACUGGCGGCCCGAGGGUACCAUCAGCUGCAGGAACUGUGGGGAGGCCUGGGGUCUGCAGAUAACCUACAAGUCCGUGAAGCUUCCCGUGCUCCGCGUCCAAAGCAUGCUGCUGGAGACCCCAGGGGGGCGGCUUCAUGCCAAGAAGUGGUCGAGAGUGCCUUUCCCUGUCCUUGACUUCGACUACGCCCAGCACUGUGCCAACGCACUGGCCGACCUGUCUCUGAACUGACUGACCACCAGCUCGCUGCAGUGCCUGCCUCGGGCUGCAGGGGGCACCAGAGUUGCAGCAGUUGCCACUUUUGCUCAGGCCAAAGGCCCCCAGGGCACUCCUGCCUGAAUCUUUGCCCAGCUACAGACAAAACCUGAGGAGUGAGUUGGCCAGCCGGGGGAGCGACCCUCCCUGAGCCCCGCUCCACAGCAAGCCACACAGACCCUUCCUGAUGCGCUGGCUGGGGUGGGUCCUUGAGGGCAGGGAUCACCCCACAGUUUCUCUGGGCCCCUGGUCAGCCCUUUUCUGCCAUGUCACUUCCAUUGAUUGGCAUUCCUCAAACUCUUACGGGGAGGGGGCACGGGAUAGGUUACACGCUGUGGAGAGAGUCAACAUCAAAAAGAGGAGCCUUUCAAGCGUGCAGUUUAUAUGGAUGGGAGGGAGAGGGUGUGCGCGCACCAUCCCCCCCCAGGACCGUCUCCUUGUGCCCUGCCCCUCCCUCCCGCCCCGCCCCAUACACUCAUCUGCUUUGGGGUUGAUUUUCAAUAUUAAAGUGGUAAC